UUUUUUUCCUACCUCUUUACUUCUUUUCAUCACUUUCACUCUCACUUACCCUCUCAGUUGCCCUUGACUUCUUUUUUCUUUCAAUCCAUCCUCGUCAUCCUCUCAAACACACACGCAAUGUCCAUCGAACUCGAACCUUCGGUUCAACUCUGCUUCAGACGACCUUUGACGGAGGCUAUCAAGGAGUCCUUGAUCAUCCGCAACCCUACUCAAUUGCCCAUCGCCUUUAAGGUCAAGACUACUGCUCCAAAGCAAUAUUGUGUCCGCCCCAACUCUGGGCGUAUUGAGCCAGGAGCUGAGCUGGAAGUGCAGGUUCAAAUGCAGGCCAUGAAGGAGGAGCCACCUGCUGACUUCAAGUGCAAAGACAAGUUCUUGGUCCAGAGCGUUGCUAUUACUGCUGAACGCGAGCAGUUACCUGCGGCUGACCUGUGGCCUACAAUGGAACGGGAUGCAAAGGAUCAGAUCCGUGAGAAAAAGAUCCGUUGUGUCUUUGUGCAUCCUACCGAACCUGGCACAACUCGGAUCAAGGGAGAGGAUGAACACGGAUCACAGAGUGGCGGAAGUAGUACCCAAAAUGCUCCUACGGACGCCCAUCAACAGCAGCAUCAACAGACAGAGCCUGCACCGAUAGCAUCACCAAUCCAUACCACGCAGGCUAGUAGGAGUAGCCAUAGUGCGUCAUCCUCAUCGCCUUCCAGCAAUAUCGACGUCUCGGUCCUGAAACGCGAACUAGAGAUAGCUCGUGAGACUAUCCAAACUCUUCAAAAUUCGAUCGAUAAGUUGCAGAAAGAGACCAACACUGUCCGUCCACGCAAGCCCGAGUCGAACGCCGUAGCACCAACAGUGGGCGCGAUUCAACACCAGAAUUAUGUCCAACAAGGGCUCUAUCCUAUUAGCUAUGUUGCUGGAGCAGCAGUCAUCGCUUUUUUAUUUGCAUAUCUCUUUUUUUAAAGACCAUUGUUCUUUUUAUUUUUUUUUUUCUUCUACCAUUUUUUUUCUCGCACAAAACACAACGACGAAUAUUCUAGGUUAAGAGAAUAUUAAAUGGCAUAGUCUAAGAUUGCAUCUUUAUUUCUCACACGAUUAAAGUGCAGAUUAGGA